AUGCCUGCCUCCAAGAAAUCCUCUUCCUCUUCCACAUCCUCUCUUGACAUUCAUCGCUCUGACCUUGCUCUCUGUAAGAGACAAGCCCUUGUUGAAGCUGCCCUGUUAUCUCAUGACUGUAUCCUUCCCCUCGAAUCAUUUUUCUAUGAAGAUCUCAAUGCACUUGCACAGAUCACCACCUUCCAUGCCGCCGACCUCACCAUCGCCUAUACCAACUCCAUGAUGAUCGACAACAAAGCUAGACUUGUCGUCUCCCAGCAAGUGAAGGUCAAAUACCUCACUCUCUGUCGUUUGAUGGACAAAGGAAUUGAGUUGGCCAUGGCUCUUCCUGACUUCCCUAGACCAGACGAUUAUUUAUGUUCCUCUUGUUAUUCUAUUUCCCUUUCUCCAGAACCCAUGACACAGACCGUCCCAACUUCCCCUUCGUCCUCAGAUGAUGAUACCCCCAUCCCUGCUCCACCCAGAUCCCAACUUGCUGUCCACUCCCUGGGAUCCCCGCGCCGAAGCCGACAGAAGAGAAGAGAGACCAUCUCUCUCAGUGUCAGACUUUCUCGUCCUAUUAACUAUACGCCUGCUCCUUCUGUCAAAGAAGAAGAACCAGAAUAUGUCUCCCAAUCCAUCUGGGCCCCCUCUGAAGAAACAUUCGAUGACCGCAAUGGCGUCGACUAUACCACCAUCACCUGCCGCUACUGCAAUGAGGAAGGCCACUGUCAGAUCAAAUGUCCCAAAUACUUCUGUCGUGUCUGCAAUAAACAUGAACCACACCACCUCUCAGCCAACUGCCCAGACCUUAAGGGCAAGCACAUUAUCUCUGCCAAGCCUGGCACCCACGCAUUCCAUUAUCAGCUCAGGCAAUGGGAGAAUGAAAGAGACAAUAGUGGUCCUCAAAGUUAA